GGAUCCAGUUGCUCCAGAUGUGUGAAGCUGUAAAGAAUGAGGUGCAAGUUCAUAAGUUGAGAUGGUCAGUCAGGAGAAUUACCUGCAGAUCCAUUAGGAUGCAGAGAUGGAGGUCUCCUGUCAUCCGUUGAGAUAACCCUCAGAGGGCAUUGAUUUUUUAUCGAGACCAGCUUGAUCAACAGACAUAUGAUCAGGUUUACUUUUGACUAAGUGUUCUUUUAUAAUCUUGUACAUUUGAUGAGAUGCACAUGGUUGUGCUAGUGCCUACUUUUAAGUGGAUCUUCCCCAUCAAAAUUCAAAUGAUGUGGCAACCAUACACGUAUGAGUUACUUGUGUCCCCAGCAGAUGUAUGUGUUAGAGACCAGCAUGUAUGGAGGACAACUGCUCCACUUAUUUGCUUUGAUAUUGUUGAGUGGCAUCGUCCCGACAGAGUUCUACGCCAAUUUGGUCUCCAACAAGGAAUUCCUGUGCAGUGUGAUAGUGAGGUGAAAAUUCAUGCAAUUGAUAGACGGGGUAGACAUUAUUACAACUGGAAGGCAUAUCAUCAACAAUAUAUCAAGUUAUGGGCAGUUGGAGAGAAGAGUAUAGUUACCAUUGAGCCUAAGGAUAGCACUAUGCAUUAUCAUGAUCCAUACAUGAAGUGGUAUAGAAGCAUAACUCAUCGUUUGAUUACCCCACUCACUCAAAAACCUCAUAAGCGAAUUCAACCUGCUAGUGGGAUGUCACAUUUACUGAAGGUCCAUAGCUUGACAAAUAUUCACAAUCAAUGCAUUACAACCCUUGGUACUUUUACCUACCAGUGAUAGUGCUAUGCAGUCAUUGAUAGAUAUUCAGAUUAUGUGCACUCAUGUGUUGCAAAUGAUUGGGGAGAUUCGACACCUUGAGACAAUAACAGCACCUACCACAACCAUGGCACCGCCAUCUCCUUUACAAGGUAAUAAUAUGGAAGGGCUACCUCUUCUAAUAUCACAAAUGCCAACCAAAACUAAUCUCUGUCAGUGAGAGGGCGAGGUACAGCCAAAGGUCAAGGCAAAGGACUUGGCAUACAACAAAAGGCAAUGGAACAAGUAAUAACAUCACAACAUUCAUCCCCACAAGUGGUGGUAGCAUCGCCCACAGCUCCAUCACAGAGUUAUGAUAUUUAUAUAGAAGAGCCUUUAACUCUCAAUUUGGAGGGGUCUGCGGCACCAGUAGGGUCAGUGCAUCCACUCAAAGGUGAGCAAAGAAAGUGCCACUUUAUCCAUACUCUGAUUUUGAGGGGUCACUAUGUCUCACUCAAGUCGACUCCAGCCAUGCAACUACACAUAAGAAGAAGCCUAAGUUCCUUUGAUGUUUUUGAUGAUGAGUCUUAUGUGUUGAUACUUCUUGUUCUUUGAACCUGCGGAUACAAAACAAUCUUCAUUAACUUUAGGAUGGAAUUUUUUCAAGAUUUUUAACAUUAGGGUUUAUU